CCAGAUCAGUUGAGUCCAACGGGUCUGCCAGGCUCUGAUUUUCACUAUGGAUUCCGCGGCAGAUUUUGGUCCGUUCCAGCAACGCGUGCAGUCGUCCCUGAUGCAAGUGACGCGCACCGCCGGUCAGCUUUCAGCCGAAGAUAUCGACUUUCAUCGCUCCUCGAACGCAGAGGUUUCCGAUUCCCUGGAUGAGCAGAACAGCCGACUUUUGUCUCUCACUUCCUCGAUCCUGAAAGCCGCCACCGCCGGUACGGAUGUGUCUGCGCCGACAUUGGACGACGAAGAUGCCAUUGAAGACAACUGGCGCGGCGUGGUAGAUGUUAUCGAUGCGCUUUUGGAAAAGGCCGACGCGUGCUUGGAUGAGUUCACCGGAGUGAUUAAGAAAUUAAGCCCCUCGCAACAGGAACAGGCCGCCGCGAAGGCCACGAAGAAGGCCGCUGCGAAAUUUCCCACCGUGUACGACUAUGGUCCGUCGAAGAUUCCCAAGCCUCAAUUGCAGUUUGAGCGCCCCGCCGAUAAUACCGAUACUUCGCCUUUCAAGCCCUUGUUGAAGACCAAGCCGCAUGCAUCGGUUUCAUUGGAGGAUUCGCUGAAGUUUUCCGAUUCCGCGGUCGGGUAUGUGAAUCCCUACGAAGCUGAGAUUCGGGCUGCGAAAUUCCCCGCUUCGUCCUACAGCGUUUCGCCCCCUACCGAUUAUCAGCCGUGGGAGUUGACAAAGGCGACUUUUGUGGAUACAAUGGAGGGUGUCAAGGAGAUGCUGGAGGAAUUGAAGGCCGCGAAGGAGAUUGCGAUCGAUUUGGAACAUCACGAUGUGCACUCGUAUCAGGGUCUGGUUUCCUUGAUGCAGAUUAGCACUCGCGAUAAAGAUUGGGUUGUCGACACGCUUAAGCCGUGGAGGGAGGAGCUUCAGGUUCUUAACGAAGUGUUUGCCGAUCCGAAUAUUCUCAAGGUGCUUCACGGUUCUUCGAUGGAUAUCAUCUGGCUGCAGCGCGACUUGGGCCUUUAUGUUGUUGGCAUGUUCGAUACGUAUCAUGCUGCUUGCGCUUUGAACUACCCGAAACGCAGUUUGAAGUUCCUGUUGCAGAAGUUUGUCAACUUUGAAGCCGACAAGAGAUACCAGAUGGCCGACUGGCGCAUUCGGCCGAUCCCGGAGGGCAUGUUUGAUUAUGCUCGCUCGGAUACUCAUUACCUCCUCUAUGUUUACGACCACCUGCGCAACGAGCUUGUCGAAAACUCCGUUCCCGACAACAACCUCGUCGACUACGUUUCCGACCAGUCCAAGAAGGAAGCUUUACAGAUAUAUGAGCGUCCCGUCUACGACUCUGCCCUUGGACAAGGGCCCGGCGGCUGGUACGACCUUCUGUCGCGCAAUUCGAUUGUGGUCAGCAGGGAACAGUUUGCUGUGUUCAAGGCGGUACACCAGUGGCGCGACGAGGUCGCUAGAGAAGAAGAUGAGGGUGUGCAAUGUGUAUUCCCGAAGCACGUUCUUUUCCGGGUUGCUCACACCAUGCCGCUCGAUCUGGGCACCUUAUUCCGCACAUUGUCGCCUGUGACGCCAAUUGUUCAGCAGCGCGCCGCAGACCUCCUCGAAGUCAUUAAGACUGCGAAGCUCGAAGGUGCUGAUGGCCCGGAAUGGCGUGACGUGUACGUCAAGCCAACCAAGAGUACUCCGGCCACACCAGCGGCAGAGGCUGCCGGUCUUUCCACCCCGUCCACCACAGAGGAGACCGACUUUCCCACUGCCUCCCGCUACGAAGUCUCUCAAUUCUGGGGUUCUAUGCUGGACUCGCAAGAACCGCCUGCGAUUCCCGAAUACUCUGCUGUUGCAUCGGCCGAGGCUCUCCGCCUCUCCCUCCCUCUACCACCUAUGCCCCGAACCGUUUCCGAGGCCCGCGAGAAACUUGUUCCCGCCCAACCUGCACCCUCGAAGCCCGCCACCCCUGCUCCGGCCGUCGAAGAAGAAAAGGAGGACAACAAGUACUUUACCGUCAAGGAACGUGGUGGUCCGCGCAAGCGCAAGGUUACGCCUGUAGAGCAGUCCGCGUCCUCCGAAAUCGAGGCACCCACCACCGAUGCCGAUUCUUCGUUUGAUAUCGAAGAAAAGCCGUCUAAGAAACAGCGCCGCAAGGACAAGAAGAACAAGUCGGCUUCUGGAACCCCACAGUCUGAGCAAGACGCCAAGGAAGAAGAGGAGGAAGCCCCAUUCAACUAUGAGUCGGCAGCAUCCGUGUUCAACCCCAAGCCCGCCCAGGGUGCCUCGGGAUUGCCGCCCAAGCGUCGCUACAACCCGUACGCCAAGGCACUGGAGGCGCCGUCGGGGGUGCGCAAGCAGAAACGCGAGAUGGCUGGAAAGGCCAUGACCUUCCGGUGAUGUUGAACGUUGGAUGGCGGAUUUUGUUGUAUUGUCAAUUGAUUGGUGCGCAAAAACAUGGGCAUGGACAUAGUUUUGUAAUGCAUAGCGAUACCCGAAUUAAGAUGCAAGACUAGUAGUCAAUGAUUUUCAGUCUCUUUAAG